GGGAGCGAGUGGGGGAGAUGCGGAGGUGGGGAUCCCUCCUGUCGCUGAGUUUAGGGUCCCAGAACGAGACCAAUUCAGGGCCAGCCAAGAAUAUUGGUUCUAGACCCACCAACAGACCACGCGUUUCCCUCCUGCAACAACCCCUUCGCUCCCAAUGAGGUCACUGCGAUGAGAGAGAAGCAGAUCCAGAGCGAGGGGGAAGGAGAGGACGAGGAGGAGGGAGAAGCAGCCCAGACUGGGAAAGGCCAUCAGACAAGGUCGCCUUUUCUGGCCGCACAGCCACUGCGAGGCACGUGGUGCUGAAUCUCCUCCGCCCGCUCAGCCUGGGGAACCGGGGACUGGCAGGAGCACUUGGUGUUACCGCGAAAACAAAGGCGAGGAGAGGGGCGGGCGGGCAAGGGAGAGAGAGGCUCCGAGCAGUUUGGCUCUGCAUCUCCGGGAAGCAAAGCUCAUCUCCUUGGCAAGGAAGGGAAGGGGAGCCCGGCCGUCUGGAGGCGAAGGAGGGAGCGGGCUUCCCUGCGGAGACCAGGACGCGGCAGAACUCUGGACAGCGCCUCGCCAGCGGCACUGGGAGCUCCCGGCUGCUUCCUUUUGGAAAAACCCUGUGACCUGUUUCCUCUCCCUCCUGGACUCCGACCACGGAUCGGACCCUUCCUUCUGCGAUCCCUGUCCGAACGGCCCGGGAGUGGAGCGGCGGUCUUGCCUCUGGCCCGGUCAAGGAAGCGGUCUCCGGUCCUGGACAUCCAGUCCUUGUGGAUAGUGCUCCGCCGGUGAAGAAGGAAAAGUUUUGGGGUCUGGUAGGGGGAGGGAGGGGGAGGGAGUAGUGGAAGAAAGAAGGUGGAUGGUCGGGUUCCCACGCUGAGCUGGAAGGAAUGAUGACCGAGGAAGGAUGUGCACCAGCGGCCAGAUUAUUGGGAGCCUCUUGGUGCUCUCCGUGCUGGAGAUAGGGCUGGGGGUGUCCAGCGUGGCCGUGGGGGCGGUCAGCUUCAGCCUGGCCCUCCGACAGCACAAGCCGCAGCUCGGAGACUCGUCCCCGGUAUGGAGCGGGGUGUGUUUUCUUCUUUGUGGCAUAUGUGGAAUAUUGUGCGCCAAAAAGAAGUCUGGACUUAUCAUGAUCCUCUUUUCCGCCUGCUGCAUCUGUGGCCUCAUCGGGGGCAUCCUGAACUUUCAGUUCCUUCGGGCUGUGACGAAGAAGACCUCUCCCCUCUACCCCCUGCAUCUGGCCUCCAUGUCCCUUGCGUGCAUUGGGAUCGGGGGCUGCACCCUCUCUUCAUGGCUCACUUGUCGCCUGGCCAGCUAUGAACAGAGGAGGAUGUUCUCGGAGAGGGAGCAUUCCCUGCAUCACUCCCAUGAGAUGGCUGAGAAAGAAAUGACAGACAACAUGAGCAAUGGAGGACCACACCUGAUAUUUAACGGAAGAGUAUAAUUAAUGUUUUAAAGAACUGAACAUUUUUUAGGAUUUUCACGAGGCAAGGAAAUACCAAAGGACUAGGAGAUGAAACUGAAACAGUUCUUGCAUUUGCUGUUAUCUCUCCCUAGCACCCACUACAAUUAUUAUUUCUCUAUUUUGCCUCACUUGUGUCUUCAGCUUUUUUUAUUAGGUGAAAACUUUCCAGAACUGUCCUAGGACAGUAAUUUCAACACUUUCCAGAUGGUUCUAAAAAAAGUGUUUUCAGGAGGGAAAAAAGAGGAAAAGAUGAAACCGAAAGAUUCCUCUUCUAUACAAACAUUAUUUGACUAGCAUGUUAGAUUUGUUAUCACUUAUUUCGUAUAAGUAUUCAAAAACUACAAGUAUCAAAAAUAACAAUAACUUGUUGAUGUCUUUGUUUUGAAAGACGGUGGCUUCAAGAAAGCCAUGAUUCAAAACCUCAGCAAUGCCUUGUUGUAAACACAUUGUAAUUAUUUUCAACUUGUGAAUGUACUAUAUUUCAUAAUUUAUUUGUAAAUGACAAAAU